CCUCUCUUAUUUAUUCCCCUCUGAAUUUUUACAAGAGAGAACGUAGCCGAGGUUGCCAUAUUGUUGCCUUGAUUGCCGACCGAGAGGGCAAGGAUGCAAGGCAGUGACAAAGCAGAACUAAAAUAUACAGCUACGGAAAUAUAUUUUAAUGGUUAUACAAUAACCGCAAACCUCUCUUCAGGUGCACUUAAUGUAUGUAGUUAUGAAGCUGUGAGCAAUUCAACUACCGUCCGGAAAAUUUCGAACCCCUUUCUAGAUGCUACCCCAUUCGUCACAAACCUAUGCACAGCGAUACUGCUGAUUCAAUUGCUCUUCCUUCUCUUCCAUCGUUUGCCUCGUUUCUUCUCCGAGUUGAUUACUGGUCUACUAAUGGGUCCUAUGGCGCUCGGAGCAAACGCGCUUUUUUCAGAAUACACUCAUCCUAUGAGACUAACUGGGGCGACAGAGACUUUAACAAAUUUGGGAGUCAUUUACUACAUGUUUCUCGUGGGUUUACAGAUGGACUUAACCACAAUAAGAAGAAUCAGUAAAGGUGCAUGGGGCAAUGCUUUGUUUGGAAUUCUAUUACCCUUAGGCAUGGGAGCAGGUUUAUUUCACCUACUACCUGGAAAAACCCACUUUGAGAAUCCUCUUGGUGCCUGGUUUUGGUCUGUUGCCCUCACAGUCACAAGCUUCCCGGAUCUUGCUCAGAUCCUUUCAGACCUGAAGCUUCUACGAACAGAAGUUGGACAAAUGGCCAUAUCCUCAGCUUUUGUUAGUGACAUCGCAUCUUGGAGUUUUCUUGUUGUGACAAUAACAAUUAUUGACAAAGAUUCCUCAAAAGGAGGCAACUACAGUGACCUUUGUAUAUACUCUAUUCUUACUGGGGUGGUCGUUUGUGGAUUCAUCACAGACGCUUGUGGUUCCCACUCUAUGAUCGGAGCUUUUAUGUUUGGACUUAUUAUACCUGAUGGAGAGCUUGGAAUGAUGAUUAUGGAGAAACUUGAAGACUUUGUGCCAGUAAUCAUGCUUCCUGCCUUUUUUGUGCUCACUGGGACUAGAUGCAAUAUUCUUGAUAUGUUUUACAACAUUAAUCCUUUCGCGGUUCUGGGAAUUGUAGUCUUAGCUUGCUUAGCCAAGAUUAUAAGCGGUUUCUUGGUUGCCAUGUACUAUGGCAUGCCAGUUCGUGAAGGUGUCGCCCUCGGAGUUCUCAUGAACGCCAAAGGGGUUUUGGCUUUGAUUAUUCUUAAUGUUGGUAGAGACAUAAAGGCAGUGGAUAACCAACCGUUUGCUAUAAUGGUGAUGACAAUUUUAUUCAUGACGAUUCUUGUAAAACCGAUCCCCCUUUGGGCUUGUAAGACUACCAAGCAUUUCAGGAAAUACAAACUCCGGACCUUGCAAGAAAGCAAACCUAACUCAGAACUACGAAUACUUGCAUGCAUUCAUACUACUCGCAACCUAUCAGGAAUACUCAACCUACUUGAACUGUCUAAUUCAACCGAGAAAUCACCAAUUUGUGUAUUUGCCGCGUGUCUAGUAGGUCUGAGUGGACGGACUAAUGCCAUGCUAAUCGUUCACGAUGAGAAUCGUAAUUCUAGUGGCCAAAACUACCCCCCUGCCCGUGGGAGAUCAGAUGCCGACCAUAUCAUCAGCACUUUGGAGAACUACGAAAGAAGAAACCAGUCAAUGUCCUUGCUGCCACUGACAGUUGUAUCUCCUUACACCUCCAUGCACGAGGAUAUCCAUAACCUUGCGGAGGACAAACGCGUCACUUUCAUCCUAAUUCCAUUUCACAAACAAUCUGGUGCAGAAGGGAUGCAACAAGAGAACUCUUCUAUCAGACUAGUAAACCAAAAUCUACUAACAAAAGCUCCAUGCUCUGUGGGGAUAUUUAUUGAUCGAGGCCUCAGUUUGAAGAUUUAUAACGAGGGUAGCCAUCGCAGAGAAAAGCUAAAUUUCGCCAUGUUUUAUACUGGGGGACAUGACGAUCGUGAGGCCUUAACUUAUGCUUGCAGGAUGGCAGGGUCUCUGAAUGUGAGUUUAAAAGUUAUACGAUUUCUUCCAGGUAAAGAAGCAAUAGAAAUGAUGGAUAUGGAAGAGGAAGUGGAGGGUGAAAAUCAAAGAUUUGUUGAUGAUAUGUACCUGAAUGAGUUACGAUUUAUGACAAUGUGCAAUCCAUCUGUAACUUGGGUGGAUAAGUCGGUAAAUAGCGGGGAUGAAAUUAUCAUCGCAGCAAAAGAUCUAGCAGAUGAAUAUGAUCUAUAUAUUGUGGGGAGGGGUCAGGGAAUGAUAAAGCCAUUUGCUUUGGGGCUAUCGGAGUGGAGUAACUGUGAAGAGCUUGGGCCACUAGGAGAUGCAUUAUCAACAUCUGACUUCGUACAACACGCAUCGAUUCUUGUAGUCCAACAACAUUCUGUUUCAACCAUGAAAAACAAGGGCAUGCCGCAGCAUCAAGAGAAAGCUGGACUUGAAACUUGGAAAUCUCCUUUGAGUAGUCGUGACCUUCUGAACAUUGUAAAUCACAGAAAGAAGACAGAUGAAGAGGAUGAUUAA